CGGUAGCGCAAAGGGUAUCGGGAGAGGCUUCCAGCAGACCUUCUCUGGCUUCUGGAGGGACGGACCACCGUUUCCGCGGCUUUGGCUUCUGCGAUCUGCGUUCAGGCUAAACGGCCACAGCGGCGCCACUGCCGCUCCCCUUGUGCCUGGUUCUGACCGUAUUUGUUCCCCGGAGGCCGCCCCGGUUACAGCACCGGCCGCGGCCGACAUGUUGUGAGGCGGCGGCGCGGGUGUCUCAAGGAUGGUUUGGUUGAGGCGGCAGCAGCGGCUGCUGGCGGCGGCGGCAUUGGCAGCGGGGGCUCCGGCUCUGUAGAGCCCAGCCCGCUGGGUGUCCGUCCUGUACCGCGGCCAGACCAGUGCCCCUGGACCUUGCCUCUGCUCCGGCGCCGUUGGGGAACCGGUUAGGCGACAGCGCACGCCCCGCAGAGGAGACACGAAGGGGGUUCUCCAGUGCUCAGAUUUCCGGACCACCUAGCCUUCCCCUCUCCGACCUGGGCAGUGCUGUCCCCAGAAUCCUUAGCUCCCCCCCGCGAAAUUUGCUCCCAGCCUCGCCCUGAAUCUUUCACACACGUGGGUGUUCCACGCCCUCUCGAGCCAACCCCUCGCCCCUUAAUUUUCUGCACCCUCUUCUCAGAGCGCCCCCCGGAUUGCUCUCCGAGGGCAGCCUUUUGAAAAAUCUUCGUGGAGCAGUGGACCAGAACUGGGGGAGUUUUCAAAGUCGGGCGCGAGAGAUAGGAAGGUACGAUGGCUUCCUCAUCUGGAAACGAUGAUGAUCUCACUAUACCCAGAGCUGCUAUCAAUAAGAUGAUUAAAGAGACUCUCCCCAAUGUCCGGGUGGCCAACGAUGCCCGGGAGCUGGUGGUGAACUGCUGCACUGAAUUCAUUCACCUUAUAUCUUCUGAAGCCAAUGAGAUUUGCAAUAAAUCGGAAAAGAAGACCAUCUCGCCAGAGCACGUCAUACAAGCACUAGAAAGUUUAGGCUUUGGCUCUUAUAUCAGUGAAGUAAAAGAAGUCUUACAAGAAUGCAAGACAGUAGCAUUAAAAAGAAGAAAGGCCAGUUCUCGUUUGGAAAACCUUGGUAUUCCUGAAGAAGAGUUAUUGAGACAGCAACAGGAAUUAUUUGCAAAAGCUAGACAGCAACAAGCAGAAUUAGCCCAACAGGAAUGGCUUCAAAUGCAGCAAGCUGCCCAGCAAGCACAGCUUGCAGCUGCUUCAGCAAGUGCGUCCAACCAGGCAGGAUCUUCUCAGGAUGAAGAAGAUGAUGAUGAUAUCUGAAAUUCACCAGCUGAGUUUCUAUUUCCUCUAUAAAUGUUUUUCCCUGCACAAGAAAACAGUGAAAGAAAUGCUUAUCUGUAAUUUUGUAUGCAUCUUGGUGGACUUGCCAUUGGUAUUCUAGGGAUGUCUGCCGUUAAGUUUCAUCUAUUGUGUGCUAUUCAUGUAAAAACUGUCUCUUCUAACUAUUGAAAAUUUAAGGCUCAGUAUAAUAUCAAUUUUGAAUUUUUAAUGGUGUUUAUGAAAUUUUAGAUAGCAGUGAGUCCUUUAUUUGAUCAAUAAACAGUGUUACAGAAAACUUCAAGUUUAUAAAAAUACAGUGAAAUUUAUACAGAAGCUCUAAAUCUUCAUUUGCAUUUCCUCUGCCCUUUUAACUAAACUAAAAAUUGGGAAUUUUAAAUUAUUGGGGGGGAGGUGCUAUGUGAUGCAGUAGAUAUUAGAUCAGGCUGCUGAAAAAACAAAGAGUUCAGUUCUGUAGUAUUUGGAUUUUUUGUCUUUUAAAAUGAGUAUAUAUACAGGCACUAAAUAUAUAUGCUCAGAUGAAUAUACUUGUUUUAAAAAAAUCUCAAACAAGACAUUCAAAAACUAGGGUGAGUAUGUUCAGUAGUAGUUGUAAAAUUUGGUAGGUUAUGUUUUGAUUUUGUUUUUGUUUUAUGUGGAGGUAAAAACUAAAGUUUUAUUAUAGCAUAAUUCAUCUUGAGCUACACUAUUACAUUUCAAAGACUGCCCCGUUUUGAGGACUGUCAUGAUUCUUAGUAUUUCACUCCAGUGAUUGUUAAUAGUAUUACUUGCUUAGUCCAUCCAUGUUUAUUGGAACUUGUGAAACAAUUGCUUAGGUUCCGUUGGUUUAACUAAGGUUCAUGAAUAUUCAAACCUUUGCUGGGGGAAAGAAAUGAAAGUUAAUGAGCAUGCUUGCUAUAAGACGGAUUUUUUUGUAAUUUAACUUGUAGUCAUAGUUUACUUAUUGUUUGUUUUUAGCAUUACUUUUACAAUUUCUCGACUAGAUGGCCUAGAGUGUCCAAUGCUUCCUUUUGAAAUGGCAUCAUUGUCUCCAUCAUAAUUGAGCUUUAAAAAAAUGAUUGUUUUAUUUUGUUUAAGAAAGUGUAUCAUAAUUGAUCAGCCCUAUAUGAAACAUAGUUUCAACCUGCUCAUUACAAGGGAAGAGCUUUAAUUUGGUUCCAGUAAAUAAACUAUGGUAGUGAUUUUUAUAGGAAUCCAGUGUGUUGAAGAACUGGCCUAUUGUUUGUAUUUUGAAAACAGAAUGGAAAGCCACUUAAGAUAGUAUGAAGUAAUCUAAAUUCCUAUGUCAGUUGCCAAAUCAUUUAAAUUUGUAUAUUCACCAGGUCUAAAGACAGAUGGCAGAUGCCAGGAUUCCAAUUUUAAUUGAAGAGCUAAAUAAGUGAAGUUUACAAGUAUUAGAUUUCUUAAUGAUCAUAUUUUGCAGUUUUAGAAAAAGUGAAAUAUUGUCAUACAUUUAUUAAAUACACUUCUUCCAUGCCACAACUAAGUGAAUCUUGCUUAAUGUUUUGAGUUGAAGUUGGUAUUGAAUCCAUGAAGUGCAUUUGGACAAAAUAGAAGGGAUUGUUUUUUUAAAAGUUUAAGUACCAAAGGUAGUCUAGUCUAAGAAAUAAUAAGUUAAUAAGUGUUGGCUUUUCUAACUUGUACUGUAACAUCCUUAUACUUUCUAUUUUAAGUAUAUCUGUUUCUUAUGUAAACAACUUAGAUAUUUUUCCAUACUUUUUUUUUUU